CCGGAAGUUACUUCUCGAUUUCCAAUUGGCUACAACAAACAUCAUACAAUUGGCUUAGGUCACGUGAACUGUGUAUCAUAUUCAUUUUUCUUCAGUCGUUUGGAGGCUUGUGCUGUGUGUGCUUGUCUUCUUCGCGAUCACAAUUUUCGUAAAUCUCUGCGAUGGCACCACCAUACAAGUUAACUUACUUCCCAGUGAAAGCCUUAGGAGAGCCAAUCCGUUUCCUCUUGAGCUACGGAAAGCUGGAAUUCGAAGAUUUUCGCUUCGAAAGAGAAAACUGGCCCGAGCUCAAGCCAAAGACGCCAUUCGGGCAGGCGCCGGUCCUCGAAUUUAAUGGCGUCCAGGCGUAUCAGAGUAUCGCCAUUUGUCGUUAUCUGGCGAAGCAGGUGAAACUGAUGGGCGCCAACGAUCUCGAAGAUCUGGAGAUCGAUUCGAUCGUUGACACCAUCAACGAUUUGAGAAUGAAAAUCGCCUUGUAUUCGUACGAGGCAGAUGAGGCGGUCAAGGCGACGCGCAAAAAGCCACUCUUCGAGGAAACCAUCCCGUAUUAUAUGGAACGUAUCGAGGCGAUCGCGAAGAAAAACAAUGGCCAUCUUGCAGCAGGAAAGGUCACAUGGGCUGAUCUUUAUUUCAUUGGGAUACUGGACUACAUGAACUACAUGGUCGGUCACAAUCUAAUUGCCGACUGUCCAAAUCUGCAAGUCAUGCAAAAGACGGUAUUAAACCUCCCAGGUAUUAAGGAAUGGGUUGCUAAACGCCCCAUUACAGACAUGUAAUUUUUUUUCAUGUUGUUUUUGUACAAAAAUGGCAUUCUGUAUUUUGUACCUAUCUUGUAUUAACAUAUAAGCAGUAACCUUCAAUUUCAUUUGUACUGUUAUUAUUCCCUAGGCUAAUUACAGGUAUUAGUUUCCGUAAUUGCUAUGCAUAUUACAUUAUUUUGAAUUUCCA